UUAUAUCAGCCCCAAAUUUGCACCUGUUGUCGAAACUCGAAACCAUAACCUUGCUCACAAAGAUUAGGGGUUUGGGUUUCAUUUACCAUUAAUCUUUCUCCAAUUUCUCCAAUCCCUGAUUUCAACUUCCUUCCCCUCAGUCUUUAUUUGUUGGUUCUGACCAAUUUGCAAACACAUGGUGGGUCUCUCAUCACAACAAUGCUGACAUUGUUUUCUAGGCUGAAUCAAAGCAACGCUCGAAUUCCUCACAAAACAACCUCGUACCUACUAUGUUCCGCAUUCAAAUUGUGCUCUCAAUCCGAAUCUGAAUCUGAAUCUCAGUCAUGUUCUUCACAAGUCACAGUUGACAUAGGCACAAUCACGAGAAUCAUCAACGACCAUCCUUUCCCAGACCAACCCCUUCACCCCACACUCCUCCACCUCCUUCCACCUUCCACCAUCUGCACUUCCCUUGUGGAGAACGUUCUUGGGCGCUUGUUUGCUUCCCAUUGCAAUGGCCUCAAGGCCUUGGAGUUCUUCGAAUUCUCCCUCAACCAUUCCCACUUCCCCCCAAGUCCUGGUUCAUUGGACAAGACCCUCCACAUCCUCACAAGGAUGCGUUAUUUUGAUAAAGCUUGGGACUUGUUGCAAGAAAUUGCAAGAACCCACCCUUCUUUGCUUACCCUCAAGUCAAUGAGCAUCAUGCUGUCCAAAAUUGCCAAAUACCAAUCCUUUGAGGAUACCCUUGAAGGGUUUAGGAGGAUGGAGGAUGAUGUGUUUGUUGGCAAGGAAUUUGGCACUGAUGAGUUUAAUGUGCUUAUUAAAGCAUUUUGCACACAGAGGCAGAUGAAGGAGGCAAGGUCCGUGUUCGUGAAGAUGGUGCCACGGUUUAAUCCCAAUACUAAGACCAUGAACAUUCUGCUCUUGGGUUUCAAAGAAUCAGGUGACAUUACUUCUAUUGAGCUAUUCUAUCAUGAAAUGGUUAAGCGCGGUUUUAGUCCUGAUAGCGUGACUUAUAAUAUUAGGAUUGAUGCCUACUGUAAGAAAGGUUGUUUUGGUGAUGGUUUGAGACUUUUGGAGGAGAUGGAGCAUAGGAACUUUGUCCCAACGAUUGAAACGAUAACUACACUGAUUCAUGGAGCAGGGUUGGUUCGAAACAUAGGCAAGGCAUGGCAAUUGUUUAAUGAGAUUCCUUUGAGAAACUUGUUUGCUGAUACUGGUGCUUAUAAUGCUUUAAUCGCUGCAUUGCUUAGAACUAAAGAUGUUGAAUCUGCACUUUCCUUGAUGGAUGAGAUGGUUGAGAAACACAUUGGACUUGAUAGUGGAAGUUAUCAUACAAUGUUCUUAGGAUUAACGAGGUCUAGAGGGAUUGAAGGUGUAAGUGAGCUUUACCGGAAGAUGACUGAGAGGAAUUUUAUUCCAAAAACAAGGACAGUUGUGAUGCUGAUGAAAUAUUUCUGUCAAAAUUGUAGGCUUGAUUUAAGUUUAAGUUUAUGGAAAUACUUGUUGGAGAAAGGGUAUUGUCCCCAUACUCAUGCUUUAGAUCUUUUGGUCACUGGAUUAUGCUCAAGGGGUUUGGUGCAAGAAGCUUUUGAGUGCUCCAAACAAAUGUUGGAGAGAGGAAGACAUAUGAGUGCUGCAGCAUUUCUAAUGUUGGAGAGGUUUUUGGUGAAGGCAGGUGACAUGGACAAGUUGAAGGAACUUGACCAAAUGAUUAAAAAAUUACAAAGUAUCUUACCACCAUCUAGAGGACAUGCUACUGGUAUUUCUACCUCCAGGGUUAUAAUGUAACAUCUCUUAAUUUCAAAUAUAACUUCUGCGACCUGAUUUUGGUGUGUAUUGACAUGUACAAGAGCAAUGUUGUACAAUAAAGCUUCAGUUAUGAGCAGGGUCCAGAGAAGGGUCAGAUUCCUUGUGUAGGUCUCUAGUAGGCAAUUUCACCUUAAAUUUGCUAGAGACUAAUUUUGUGAUUGGAACCUGUGACUUCCGAAUUUCCGAAUCAUACAGUGACAAUAUCAAUCCUUGUGCCAAGGCUUCCCUUUGUGUAUUUCUUUGGGUUAAGUUAUAUUUACAAACUUUUUGUUUACAUUACUUUAUGCACUCCCGAAAAUAUAUUUCUAACCGAAUAUAUUCCCAGAAGUACAUAAUUGAGUUUGUAAACAAAAAAUUUGUAAAUAUAAUAUUUCCCAAUUUCUUUAAAUUGCAAUUGAGCAAUUUGGAGUCUGUUGAAUUGUAAAGAUAAAAAAA